AGCCACCGCCCAAUAGAGCUUAGUCAUUUGUAGAUCGAAAAGGUCUCGCGAAGCUGGUCACCGGUAGGUCUAAGAACGGAUUGAAAGCUUGAUAAGCUGCAAACUAUAGACUAAUGAUAAAAUAGAUAGAUUAUACUAAUGAUAAAAUAGAUAGAUUAUACUAAUGAUAAAAUCGAUGAAAGUGCAAAUGAUACGGGUUGGAUCUUCAGUGAGAAUGAAUUGAUUUCGCAGUGCUAGGGCGUUCAUUCCGUUUCUCUUAUUCAUCGCUCUUCUGAUGCUUUUCUAUCUUCUCUGUCUUUCGAUAGGGGGAAUCUCGUUUUUUAUUGAUGUACUUUCAAAAGUAGCGGGCUUCAUAGGGGUGAAGGCCCUCUCUUUGCUUUUUAGCAAGAUGGGCUGCUCCUCCGCUCUGGCCUUCGUGAUUGGCUGUGCUUUUCGAGCACUCGUCACUACGGAAGCAAGCCCCUCUCUGGCGCAUUGGAUGCUUCCCGGACCUUCUCACCAGCCUCACGUGGCAGAAGAGGAUUACCUGCGGGACCAUCCUGUAGCGCACCGAAGCGCCCCUCCUGUAGGUCUUGAGGUGAUCAAACCGGUUAUAGAAGACGGGCAGCGUUACGACGAACUUGAGGGUCGCCUCAAUCGGCACCUCUUGGAGAAUAGUGAUCAAAUCAGUACAACAGCUUAUCAUGAUUUGGUGGACAAACAGCAUAUCAUAGAAAAAAGCAUAGAGGAAGAGCUGCUCCACGAUGAGUAUAGUAGAGAUCGCAUUUACACGAAUCGGUAUGAGAUAAGGGAAUGUCUCUUUUAUAAAAAGGGAGGAGUUCCACUGAAGGAAAAAACUUUGGAUCUUUAUUUAAAAGAGAUUCAAAGGAACCCUUCUCACAGUAUCCCGUAUCGAAAGAUACAAAAGAAAAUAAAAUCUUUUAAGAUUGAUUUUUUUUUCUAAAUAGCUCAUUUGGAAGAGAACUUUCCUUAGAGACAAUUUCCUUAGUCCCCACUCUUCCACAUAGUGCGAUUAGUGUGUGAGACCGCGAUCCACAAACUGACGCAUGGGACGUAGCCUUCCUAGCCGCGUGCAGCCUACCUUCUUCUUCAGACCGUAACGUAAGUAACUCAGUGCUCCAUACGUGGGAAAUGAAAGCAGAAUUCGUUCGGAUCCUCCCACAUGUUCAAUCUUUUUUUAGCGGUUUCCCCAGAGAUCUUUCUCAUUAAUGCAACCUUCAUUUUGCUCAUUCAUGGAGUUGUCUUUAGUACGUCUAAGAAAUUUGAUUAUCCACCGUUAGUCAGUAAUGUGGGUUGGCUUGGAUUACUUAGUGUUGCGUAUCUAAUAACCUUGCUUCUGCUCGCCGCUGGCGCACCUCUCCUAACUAUUGCCCAUUUAUUCUGGAAUAAUCUUUUUAGGAGGGACAAUUUUACAUAUUUCUGCCAAAUCCUUCUAUUAUUAAGUACGGCUGGUACCAUUUCGAUGUGUUUCGAUUCUUCCGAACAAGAGAGGUUUGAUGCUUCUGAAUCCAUUGUAUUAAUUCCACUUCCUACUCGCAGUAUGCUCUUUAUGAUCUCGGCUUAUGAUUCAAUUGCCAUGUAUUUAGCUAUUGAGCCUCAAAGUUUAUGUUUUUAUGUGAUCGCAGCAUCAAAAAGAAAGUCUGAAUUUUCCACGGAAGCCGGCUCGAAAUAUUUGAUCUUAGGUGCAUUUUCCUCAGGAAUCUUAUUGUUUGGGUACGACCGGACAACUACCGAUAUCUAUUAAUAUCUUUUCUUAUAAUG